CCGGAUGUUCUGACUGUUCAAACGAGUUAGUUUGUUUUAUGACCUGGCGCAGGCCGACAUUUUAGUAGUUAGUGUUAGUAAUGCACCUCAAAAUUGUUUCCCCACCACCAUUGAACACAAAAAGAAGAUGAGAAAGAAUGAUGACAAAGUUUUGUUGGCAUUGUGAUUGACUUCAGAUAAGCUUUACGUCAGUACGAGAUAUGUUGGCGACAACGUUAAUCCAAAGGGGUACGCAGGUGUAGAUAUCGAGGAAGCGAGCUUGUGUUUAUCUCUACUAGCCUACUCUAAUUUAACAGGAAUGGCAGACGAGGCUCUGUUUGACUUUCUCCAUAUGGAGAUGGUGUCGCAUGUUUACAAGGAGCAGCAAUCCAGUAAAGGAGAACUGGACAACAAGGACAGAGCUGUGUGUGUUUCUGUCCUGGAAAGCAUGGGCUUCAGGGUGGGACAAGGACUCAUUGAAAGGUUGACCAGGGACUCUCCCAGUUUCAAGGAUGAGUUGGAUGUCAUGAAGUUUGUCUGUAAAGACUUUUGGACAAAGGUGUUCAGGAGGCAGAUUGACAAUCUCAGAACAAACCAUCAGGGUACAUAUGUGUUACAAGACAACAAGUUUUCCCUGCUGACUCAGCUCUCCAACGGAAAACAGUACCUGGAUCAGGCUCCUAAGUACCUCGCAUUUUCCUGUGGUGUGGUGAGAGGAGCUCUGUCUAACCUCGGUCUGGACAGUGUGGUGACAGCUGAGGUGUCUAUUAUGCCAUCCUGUAAGUUUCAGGUGGUGGUCCAGAAGUUGUGACCUGCUCCUCUCUGCUGCCACUGUGAGAAUGAUCAGGCUCCUGUUAGGAUCUGUUUAUCCUGAAGAGAGGAUAGUUGUUCCAGUCCAACCUCAGAGGGACUGAAACACGACCCUGAUUCUGCAGAUUUGUCAAACAGGACUUACCAAGUUCUCCUGACAGCCAGGUACACCUAACAGGGCAAAAGGUUUCGCCCAGGUUUUUGGUACUGCGUUACAGAACAAGAUUUGUUUUAUUCCUUUAUCAUCUUGUUUUUUUAAGUAAGGCCAUCUCCAGUGUGAGUGAGUAGACUUAUGAUUUUCUCGUCUGUGGUUUUCACAAAAUAUGUGGAGCCUGGCCUGACUGACUGACACCUCUUUAAUUGUCAGUGGCUGUGAAUACAAGAAUGUGAAUGUAUAGUGAAUCAUAACAUCCUUUGUAUAGUGUUACGAUGGUGAGUCCCAACGUUGAGAGGACUGUGUGCUAACUUAGAAUAAUUUAACUAGAAAAAAAAAGUAAGCUGUUACUUUGGAUAAUUUCAGGAAAAUCAACUGCCAAACCAUCCCUUCUCUCGUCACGCAACCACCCAAACAAUAACCAUAAAGCCUCUGAAAGUCAUCACACCUAGAACAUCAGAUACAUUAUUCAACGUGUGUAUCUCUGCAGACACAGUACCCAGCCCACGGUGCUUUUCCCUGCCUUGAAGCAGAUUACCUUAAGGAUCUGGAUGUGUAUUCACGCUGGUGGUUGUCUAAAUUUCACUUAUUCUUGAAUCAAAAUAUAAAUCCAGAAUGAGUCGUCGGCACAAGAACUCUGUAUGUCAGUUUUUCUACCUCUGUAGCGAGAUCACAUUUCCCUUAGGCUAAGUCUAUAGGUUGUGUUUUGUGUUGCAAGUAAUAAUGCCAUGACAAUAAAACCUGGAAAUCAGGCAUGUUGAACAAGAGAGGACGACAAAUUUAACACUUCGAAAGCCACCUCUUUAGUACAUGCUGUAGCACCUUUAUGCCACUAGAGGGACACAUUAAGCUACUGUUGAAGUUUAGACUAUUUUCAUGUCUGCUGCAUAAAAGUGUACAGAUUUACCACUUUCAAGUCAAGUCCUUUGUCUUCUUGUCAUUUCUAUUGCUUUAUAUCAAAUCACUGGUCUAUCUGUUUACUAAACACAUCAAACUGCAUCCAUAGCUGAGCAAAAAUUAACAUUGGAACAAUGAAAACACUGCCUGGUAUAUAUUGUAAUGGUGUUUAUGCAACAAAAUAGUCAGGAGUAAUCGAAAAUAUUUUGUUACUUUAUGUCAUCCUAUAUUCAUUCUUUAGAUGUUUGAACACUUUUAACACAAUACAAUUUGAUUAUAGAACCCUCUAACAUUCGGUUAUGGAAAUAAUCACAAAUCCAAUUAUCGCAUUUAUUGAAUCAAAGACAGAAAUAUGAUAACACCGUCUUAAUAAACAAGGGCAUAUAUUGAAGACUUUUCAGACCCUUUUCCUGGCAGCCCAAAGAAAAAGAAUUAGACAAAAAAAAGAGAAGAGUCGAAUUAUUGUUUCUUUCAUUCUGUAACUUUUUCUCCUGUUUUCAAACUCCUCGUUAUUACACAUUUGACUGUGUAACUGCAGGCCUCUUUCCCAUCAUCCCUGCUUAAGUUAUUAAUAUUUCUUUCAUGUUUUGAUCCAUAUCAUGAGCUUGGUAUUAAGAGGUUACUAUUGUAUGUGAGUGUACUGCACUUCCUGUAUAUUUAGUAUCAAAGUUUUAUCCAAGCGGGCUAAUCUUUAGCAUCACUUUUUCCACAAAACCAUGGACUAUGUGAGUCCUGAUUUUAGUGUCAGACUUGGUAAAAUAUUUCAAUCCUCUAGAUUUUCAUUAUAUUUAAAUGUAGGCAUGGUACCACGUAGACAUUACUGCAUUAGGAUUAUGGUGCUAAAUCUGCCUUUUCUUUUUACUGGUUUGAUGAAGUCCCCUUGUUCCCCUUUAUUCCAGUAUUCCACUGCUAUGAGUGUAAUAGUUUUACAAAAUAAAGGUUGUUGUAUGUGACUUUA